AUGGAGUCCCCAGCACCUGAGCUGUCGGCGCCGUACGAGAAGGCGAGCAAUGAGAAGAGCGGCUCCCUCGUCGACGUCAAGGAUGUUCCUUACACCAAGGAGCGCGAUUCCGAGUCUCUUGACAGUGGGUCGACAGCGGUCCUCCAAGACGAGCGCGACAUCGCUACCCAUGUCAUCAGCAUCGAGGACGACCCAUCUCUGAGCCCUUGGACUUUCCGCUCCCUCGUCUUAGGGAUUGGCCUCUCAGCCUUUGGAGGUGUACUUGCCGAGAUCUACUACUUUAAACCGCAGACAGUCCUCGUCUCAACAAUGUUCCUCGCCAUCAUUGCUUACGUCCUUGGCAUUUUCAUGGAGUUCGUGAUCCCGUCACGCGGAGUCUUCCGCUACCUAAAUCCGGGACCAUUCAACAAGAAAGAGAACGCCUUCAUCGUGAUCAUGGCCUCGGCCGCCGCGAAUAGCGCUCUCGGGACAGAGGUUCUCGCCGUGCAACGUCUGUACUACAACACAACGCCAAACCCGGCUGCCUCGAUCUUCCUUCUCUUCUCCAGCCAGCUGCUUGGCUACGGGAUGGGAGGUCUGUUGCGCAAUGUCCUCUUGUAUCCGUCCAAGAUGUUGUACCCUGGAAUACUGCCACUCACGUCUAUGCUCGAUGCUUUCUUUGCAAAGGAAGCGAGUCAGACCAACAAGAAGAAGUUGCGCUUGUUCUACUGGGCGUUCACUGCUAUAUUCUUCUGGGAGAUCUUGCCAGAGUGGAUGUUCCCCCUGAUUACAGGCUUCUCCGUAUUCUGUUUGGCGAACCAAUCGUCUAUGGACUUCACGCGUGUCUUUGGCGGUUCAAACGGCAACGAAGGUCUUGGACUACUGAGCAUCUGCUUUGACUGGCAAUACAUCUCCGGAGGUGUCAACCCCUUCGUCAUCCCGUUGAAGGCUCAGUUCUCCAACUUUCUAGGGUACCUUCUCUGCAUGGUCGUUUUCGUCGCUGUAUACUACAAGAACAUCUGGCAGGCGCAAAGUUUCCCCUUCCUCUCGCAGACGCUAUUCUACGAGAAUGGAACGCUCUACAAUCAGACGCUCAUCUUGAACGAGAAGCUUGAAGUCGACAAGACCUUGCUAAUGGAACAAGGACUACCCUUCUACGCCGCCACCUGGGUAGUGCAACUGCUGUCUACCAAUCUUGGCAUGGCUGCUACUUUUACCCAUAUCAUGCUCUGGAACUACGCGGAUGUCAAGGACGCAUGGUCUUGGGCGAAGCCGUCCAACUUCAAGAAGUCCGUUCGCAACAUCAAGUGGAAGUUCUGGCAAGACAAUGGCCAGCGCGAGAUUCCUGACGAUCCCGACAUGGACCCUCACUACCGCGAGAUGCUCAAGUACCCAGACGCCCCGAACUCUUGGUACCUCGUCGUGUUCACGAUCGCGGUCAUCAUAUCCUUGGUGCUCAUCUACAAGACAAACUCGACGCUCCCAUGGUGGGGCUUCCUGAUUGCGUGCAUUCUAGGUUUCAUCUCCAUCCUCUUCUUCGGAGCGCUGUACGCCAUUACGGGCCUGUCCUUCAUCAUCCAGCCGUUCGUGCAGAUGAUCGGCGGAUUCCUCCACCCAGGGAAGCCCGUCGCGAACAUGUUCUUCGUGCUCUACUCGUAUAACUCGGUCACCCAGGCGCAGCUGCUGCUCCGAGACCUCAAGAUUGCGCAAUACACCAAGCUCCCCCCUCGAGCUGCUUUCACCGCUCAGAUUGUCGGAACGCUCUUCGGCGCUGUGCUCAACUAUGUUCUCAUGAACAGUAUCAUUGACAAUCAGCGCGACAUCCUGCUUUCCGUCGAGGGAACCAACAUCUGGUCCGGCCAACAGCCUCAGCAGUACAACUCUCAAGCCAUCGCAUGGGGUGGUCUCGCGCACGAGCUCUUCGCAUCCGGACAACGGUACCAGUGGGUCGCUUGGGCCUAUGUCAUAGGCUUGUUCGUCCCCGUUCCUUUUUGGGUUGCCUACAAGUUCUGGCCGCGCCUUCGAACCGACUACCUCUACACGCCUGUCAUCUGCUACUACAUUGGAUGGCUCUGUGUCGGAAUCAACUCUAGUAUCCUGUCGUACUUCGCGAUCGCGUGGACCUCGCAGUGGUACCUGCGCACGCGCUACCCUCGCUGGUUCGCGAAGUACAACUACAUUCUUGGUGCCGCUCUCGACGGAGGAACCCAGGUCAUGGUCUUCAUCCUAUCCUUCGCUGUGCAAGGCGCAGCGGGUACAUCGCACCUGUUCCCGCAGUGGUGGGGUGCGGACCAGAACGGCAACUACGACCGUUGCGCGGUCAUCCCGACCCAAGGAGAGUAG